AUUUCCUUUUAACUGCCUGAAAUGCGUGUCGAAUAAUUUAUUUGUCAUAAGUUCUCAUCUAAAUCAGACAGCAUGAAUUUAACGUACGGCAUGGUGAUGUGCUUUGUAGCUUCUUGCUUUGAAUAUGGAGAUGCCGCUCCUCAAUAUGGCAUGCCAAUGGGAGGAAUGCCAAUGGGCAGUGGAAUGCCUAUGGGACAAGGAAUGCCCAUGGGACAAGGAAUGCCAAUGGGAGGUGUACCUAUGAAUACUUUUCCUGGAAGUCAGUAUGUACCUCCGUAUCCAGGCCAGCAAUACGGAAAAUAACCUUCAUCUGAUAUUUUGGAAUUGGAAAACGGAAAUACAGAAAAUUUAUGCUUGAUUCAAAGUAUAUAUUUUAUAAUAAAUUAUAGAAACUUUU